GGAGUUGUCCUGGGUCGUAUCCAACUUGAGAGUCUCGCCAUCCUGCGAAGGCGGCAACAUCUAUCUCUACUAGAGGACUGAGCAUUCAGGGCUCCAGCCGAAGGACCUCGAGGGACCACCAUUCGCCCCACCACCAUGCCCAACUUCUCCGGCAACUGGAAGAUCAUUCGGUCGGAAAAUUUCGAGGAUUUACUCAAAGCGCUGGGGGUGAACAUGAUGCUGAGGAAGAUCGCUGUGGCCGCAGCCUCUAAGCCAGCGGUGGAGAUCAAACAGGAGGGGGACACUUUCUACAUCAAAACCUCUACUACUGUUCGUACCACCGAGAUUAACUUCAAGGUCGGGGAGGAGUUUGAGGAGCAGACUGUGGACGGGAGACCCUGUAAGAGCCUGGUGAAAUGGGAGAGUGAGAACAAACUAGUCUGUGAGCAGAAGCUUCUGAAGGGAGAGGGCCCCAAGACCUCCUGGACCAGAGAACUGACCAAUGACGGAGAGCUGAUCCUGACCAUGACAGCAGACGACGUUGUGUGCACCAGGGUCUACGUCCAAGAGUGAGUGGCCAUGGGUCCGAGCUGCCUGGGUCCACCACCAGCCCAUGCUCACCACCCUGCUCUCAUUCCCUCCCACUCCCUCCUUCUAGGCUAGCUCUCCCCUCACCCUGCUCACUUCUGGGAGUCACUGGGUCUCUGCUUUCUUUUUGAUCCCUUCUCCCAUCCCCAUUCCACCAAAGAGGGAUGGAUUGCAAGAGCCCAGAUCACCCACUCCCCCUCCCCAAGUCAGCAUCCCAGCCCCAAACCGGCCCAAAGCAGGGUCUCUCUGUGAGGGGACCUAAGGGCCAGAGUGGCCAAGACUGGCCCUCUGGCUUCUGUUCUUUGUCCCUGUAGCCUAUA